AUGUAUCUAUCAUCUAAAAAUGUAGGUUACGACUACGUGGUAGACCAGCAGCCCAUCGGCAAACUGUUAUUCAGACAGUUCUGCGAAAGAAACCGCCCCCUCUACCACAAAUAUAAUAACUUCCUCGAUGCGGCAGACCGGUAUGAGGUUGAAGUGGACGAAGUGCGCGCGGCGAUGGCGGCUGAAGUGUUCCGCAAAUAUUUGAGGACUGAUGACUCCGAGGCUGUGACUGACGUCGUUGGCAAGCCUGUCAUCGACGCGGCUUAUGACCUUAUCAAUGCUGGUUACAAGGACAUAUUCAUAGAAUGCGUCCGAUGCGUCAAGAAUUUUCUCGCUGGCUCACCGUUCGCGGAAUUCGAGCGUUCUAUGUACUUCCAUCGGUAUCUCCAAUGGAAAUGGUUGGAGGCACAACCAAUCACCCAAAACACGUUCAGGAUGUAUCGGGUACUUGGCAAAGGCGGUUUCGGCGAAGUCUGCGCUUGUCAAGUUCGCGCUACAGGAAAGAUGUACGCGUGCAAAAAGCUGGAAAAGAAACGCAUAAAAAAACGCAAGGGAGAGAUCAUGGUGCUCAGUGAGAAACAGAUAUUGCAGCGGAUUAACUCGCGGUUCGUUGUCAAUCUCGCAUACGCGUACGAGACUAAAGACGCGCUCUGUUUAGUGCUCACUAUUAUGAACGGUGGUGAUUUGAAGUUCCACAUCUAUAACAUGUGCAAUCCAGAUACGGGGUUGGGCCUAGAGCGGGCUCGGUUCUACGCGGCUCAAGUUGCGUGCGGACUUGAACACUUACAUAAAAUGGGUAUCGUUUAUAGAGACUGCAAACCAGAAAACAUUCUACUAGAUGAUGCAGGUCACGUUCGUAUCUCCGACCUAGGCCUAGCGGUGGACGUACCCGAUGGGGGCACCGUCCGUGGCAGGGUCGGCACUGUAGGGUACAUGGCGCCUGAGGUGAUAGACAAUGAACGGUACGGAUUCAGUCCAGACUGGUUCUCUUUCGGAUGUCUGGUGUACGAGAUGAUCGAAGGACGGGCGCCGUUCAGAGCGCGGAAAGAGAAAGUUAAGCGAGAAGAAGUCGAUCGGAGAGUCAAGCACGAACAAGAAAAAUACUCAAGCAAAUUCAGCGAUUGCGGUCGAGCGCUGUGCAGCGCGCUGUUGGUGAAGAGCCCGUCGGCGCGGCUCGGCUGCAGCGCGGCGCGGCGCGGCGCCAAGCUCGUCAAGGAGCAUCGCUUCUUCGCCAACCUCAACUGGGCGCGCCUCGAGGCGGGGAUGGUCGACGCGCCCUUUGUGCCUGAUCCGCACGCCGUGUACGCGAAGGACGUGCUGGACAUAGAACAGUUCAGCACCGUGAAGGGGGUGAACUUGGACGCGGGCGACGACACCUUCUACGGCAAGUUCAACACGGGCUCCGUCAGCAUCCCGUGGCAGACUGAGAUGAUCGAGACUGGCUGCUUCAACGAGCUCAAUGUUUUUGCCAGAGGUGAUGACAACAGGGAAGCUCCCACAGUGGACCUACAGCUCGUUCCCGUGGCUAACACACAAGAGGAAGAAAAAGGCUGUUUCAUGUUCGCUAGACGAGUGCUCUGCCCUCAAAAGAAAAUAUCAGCGAGACUUCGAGCAGUGCCAGUCCCGGAACACCUCCUCGCCCCAUCCUCCCCCCCUCCGAACCCCCAGCCGCAGGCCAGCUGA